AUGUUUCCACUAACAACUAGAACAUCUGUUAGAAAGACUAGGGGUAAGAACAAGAACAAGAGGUUGAAUGAGUUAGUAAAGAACGGUCCGAUCGAUUUACUAUUUGAGGAUGAGUGUCGGGCACCUGUCGGCGAAAAUUCCUCAUGUUGGUCGAGGGAGAUUUCUGAGGUUGUGAAAAACCACUGUGACCUUCAUCAUGUUCGCUGGAGCUAUGUCCCAAAUUCAAUGAAGGAGAUGUUAGAAGCUUUGGUGAUGGAUAACUUCAAAUUGGAUUUGUCACAAAAAUCACACCAGAGUGGCUUAGGGUUUCAACUGGGAAAAUGUUAUAGCAGGUAUCGCUCUGAGCUAUACCAAGCCUACCAACGAAAUUUUGAAGGCCUUGAUAUGACAGAUUCUACAGCGGUGGCCAAUGCUAAAGUUGAGGCAAGGGACAAUGUUCCUAAAGGUGUUUCUCGGGAAAAAUGGCCUGCUAUAUAUGACUCAUUCGAAUCGAAGUAUUGGGUGGAGACGUCUGCUCGAAAUAAGAAAAAUAGAAGCGAAAUGGUAACAAAUCAUACCGCUGGCAGCUGUUCGUUCGUCAAUGUUAUUUACAAGACGACAAAGGCUACUUCUCAAAGGCCCAAACCUAUCGCAAUUUAUAAGGACACCCACAUAAGAAAGAACGGGACUUUUGUGAACCCAGAGGUUGAGAAGCUAUAUAAUGAAAUGGAGUCAAUGGCAAAUGAUGACAACUUGAAUUCCAUCGAAGAAGAAAUAUUUUCUCAAGUGCUAAGGGGACAUCGCUCAGGACACGUUCGAGGAAUGGGAGGCGGUGUCAUACCUACACCGUCAAGUUCCUCGCGUGCGCGCCACCCCACCCAGUUUGCCGGCCACAAUGAGUGCAUGAUUAAACAGCAAGAGACUGAGAUAAGAUUGGAAGAAUCGUUAUCCCACAUUUCUACUCUGCAGGCAUCAAAUGCUACUCUGCAGGAAUCAUAUACUACUCUGCAGGCAUCAAAUGCUACUCUGCAGGCAUCAAAUGCUACUCUGCAGUCAUCAUAUGAUACUAUGCAGGCACAGUUGGAUAGUAUACUACAACAUAUUCGAGGGCAUGGAGGGAGCUCUAGUGGAGGCCAUUGAUGAUGAAAGUGGCAUUUGAGAGCACUUAGGUUGUAUUUUGUUUAAGACUUUGUUAUAAUGACUUUGUUUAAGACUUUGUUUAAGACUGUGUUUAAGACUUUGUUUAAGCUUUGGUUUGUAUUAGAGGGUAAGAACUUCAGACAAUUUUCUCUUUAAGAACUUUGAGUUAGUAAACCUCCCUUGACAUGUUUAUCGAGGUUAAAUAACUUUGUGUAAACAAUGCAAGGAAGCAAAAUUAUAUAACACUAUUUCAUUUUUAAGUGUAUGUAGGAUGUAAAGAGAGAGGUAUGCAAGAAAUUGUGGCGCUAAAAGAUUCAAGUGAUGCUUGUCAAUUCGAACAAAUAUUGUUUGUAUUACAAGGUAAGAGAUUUCGUGCAAUUUUCCGUUUUAAAACUUUGAAUAGUAAACCUCUCUUGACAUGUUUAUCAAGGUCAAAGAACUUUGAAUAAACAAAGCAAGAGAGUAAAAUUAUA